CACCCCGAUGUGCCCAUUCAUAUACAUACUCACGACACGGCCGGCGCCGGUGUGGCCUCAAUGCUGCGCUGUGCCGAAGCCGGCGCUGAUAUAGUGGACGUCGCGGUCGACUCCAUGUCCGGAAUGACAUCGCAGCCCAGUAUGGGAGCAAUGGUAGCCUCGUUGGCCGGCAGCCCGCUCGACACGGGCCUAAAACUGCCGCACAUAUCGGACUACUCGGCCUAUUGGGAACAGACCCGUACGCUGUACGCGCCGUUCGAGUGCACGACGACCAUGAAGUCGGGUAACGCCGACGUCUACCUGAAUGAGAUACCCGGCGGUCAGUACACGAACCUCCAGUUCCAGGCCUACAGUCUCGGUCUGGAGAAGCAGUUCGAGGCGAUCAAGAAGGCGUACGCCGAGGCCAACAUACUGUUGGGCGAUAUCAUUAAAGUGACCCCGAGCUCCAAGGUGGUGGGCGACCUGGCUCAGUUCAUGGUCCAGAAUCAACUGUCCGCUCGCGAUGUCGAGGACAGGGCCGAAGAGUUGAGUUUCCCGUCAUCG